CACAGCACCGAGCACCGACGAUCACGACAACAAUGGUGGUGGACAACAAUGUGGAGGGACUUGCUGCGGAGGCUUCUUCUUCCCCUGCAGCGGCUAAACUGGCAAGCCCCACUUUGACAAUAGCAAGCAUUGUUUGUUUCAUCUGACUAGCGUAAGGAAAUCUCCGGCAACCAGUAGCACCAAAACAACCACUUCUUUGUUGCAUUUUAUUGAUUUCUUACCGGAUUCUUAAUCAAUCAGUUGAUCCAUAACCAAUUACUCAUCAUUGUCAAAGGAGGAGUGGUGAAUUUAGAAGUUCGUUCUAUUCUUCUACUCGCUUCGGUCAUCCUUUGCUUCUUUCCCGUAUUUCAUAUCUGAAAAGAUCCAUUCAACAAUAAAUGGGAGAAGCUAAUGACAGUGAAAAGGAGACAAGGAUAGUUUUUGUGACUGUGGGCACGACUUGUUUCGAUGCUCUUGUCAGAGCAGUUGACACUGAGGAAGUAAAAGAAGAGUUGUUAAAGAGAGGAUAUACCCAUCUUCACAUUCAAAUGGGUCGUGGAUCGUAUGUACCAACAAAGUCUUCUGGAGAAGAUGGGUCCUUAGCUGUAGAGUACUUUACAUUUUCUCCAAGCAUUGCAGAUUAUCUAAGAUCAGCAUCUCUUGUUAUCAGCCAUGCAGGGUCAGGAAGCAUAUUUGAGACACUAAGGCUGAGAAAACCAUUAAUUGUGGUAGUUAAUGAGGAUUUGAUGGACAAUCAUCAGAGUGAGUUGGCUGAAGAACUUGCAGAGAGGAAACAUCUACUCUGUGCUCUUCCCCAAAUGCUCUACCCAACUAUUGCAGGCAUGAUACUCGACUCUCUUGUUCCUUACCCACCAGGAGAUGCUACCCCAGUUUCGAAGAUCAUAAACAGAUUUUUAGGAUUCCCCGAUGAUUAAUCUAACUGCUGAGUCAAUGUUUGGCAGAGGUAUAAAUUUGUGGUCUUGAUUUGGUUUAUCAGCUGUUUCGUUUGAGCAGCAAAUUGCAUUGUUGUUGCUAUGCAUGAUGUUGUUAUUUUACUUUCUUGAGCUUAAGAGGAGCUUAAAAGAUCAGAAAUUUAGUGAAGGACAGAGUAGUCCAUUGAUUUGCGGGGUUCCUGGUGGAUGAGCCUGCAUAUUCCUUAAGUAGAUCCCUCUAUACGAAGGCUUCUUCUACCCAUAUCUUUCAUGGAAAAUUAAAUUUACUUAGGCUGUGUUUGCUCUA